AUGUACACCACUCGCGCCCUCAACAGCCUAUCGAGGCGCUAUAUCUGCGCACAAUGCCGACACUUCUCCUCCAGCAAGCCUACCUUAGCGCAAGCAGCAGAAGUCAAGAAGCUGGGUGUAAUUGGUGCAGGUCAGAUGGGACUGGGAAUCGCUCUGACGGCAUCGCGAAUGGCCAAAGUACCAGUUACAGUCGUGGACAACUCUCAGCAAAGCCUGGACAAAGGCAUGUCUUUCGCCGAUAAAUUGCUCGCGAAGGACGUCCAGAAAGAGAAGAUUUCCCAAUCAGAUUCAGAUUCCACCCGACAACGGCUACAGACGACCACCAAGAUGGAUGAUCUAGGAGAUAUGGAUAUGGUAAUUGAAGCGGUGCCGGAGAUCAUUGAACUGAAGAAGUCCAUCUUUUCCUCCUUGGCUCAGAUAUGUCCUCCGCACGCGAUCCUAGCAACCAACACGAGCUCGAUAUCGAUCACACUCAUAGCUGCUGCGACCACCAAAGACCCCAAGGACCUCUCAGCUAGCUCAAGAGUCGUCAGCACGCACUUCAUGAACCCAGUGCCGGUCCAGAAAGGUGUCGAGAUUAUCUCUGGCCUCCAGACAUCCGCCGAAACACUCGCAACUGCCAUUGCCUUCUGCGAGAAGAUGGGCAAAAUCACUUCUACCUCAGCUGACUCACCCGGCUUCCUUGCAAACCGGAUAUUGAUGCCAUAUAUCAACGAGGCGAUCAUAUGCUUGGAGACGGGAGUUGGCGAUGCGAAGAGCAUCGACGAUAUCAUGAAGAACGGAACGAACGUGCCUAUGGGUCCGUUGACGUUGGCGGACUUCAUUGGGUUGGAUACGUGUUUGAGUAUCAUGGAGGUGCUGCACGCGGGGCUGGGUGACAGCAAAUACCGGCCUGCGGUGAGGCUGAGGCAGAUGGUUGAUGCUGGAUGGCUGGGCAAGAAGAGUCGGAAGGGUUUCUAUGAGUACUGA